AUGUCUUCUGUAAAAGGUAUUAGACCUACGCUAAGAAGUGAGGAGCUUUUGAAAAAAGGUGCUUACAUUGCCGGAAAGUGGAUCACUGAGAGUAAGGAAUAUUUUGAAGUUACUGAUCCUGCCACUAACGCAGUGAUUACAAAGCUGCCUGAUCAGCCCGUGCAAGCUGUAGAUGAAGCAAUUGAUGCGGCUUUUGAAUCAUAUAAAGAAUUUAAGAAUACGACACCAAGGCAAAGAGCUGGUUGGCUGAGAAAUAUGUACAAUUUGAUGAUAGAGAAUACAAAUGAUCUCGCAAAAAUCUUGACCUGGGAAAACGGCAAAGCCUUGACUGAAGCAAUUGGCGAAAUUAAGUACGCCGCAUCAUAUUUUGAAUGGUACGCAGAGGAGGCUUGUCGUGCAUAUGGUGUUACUAUCCAGCCUGCAAAUCCAUCAAACAGAGCAUUUACAUUGAGACAACCCGUCGGAGUUUGUGGUUUGAUAUGUCCAUGGAAUUUUCCUAGUGCAAUGAUUACCCGUAAAGCAGCAGCAGCACUCGCGGCCGGAUGUACAGUCAUUGUGAAACCAGACUCGCAGACGCCAUUAUCAGCUCUGGCUUUGGCACAUCUAAUUGAGAAGGCCGGUUUUCCGAAAGGAAGUUUUAAUGUGGUUCUUUCUCAUACCAGAACACCAGAAUUUGGUUUAAGACUUUGCGAAUCCCCAAAAGUCAAAAAAAUAUCUUUCACCGGAUCUACAAAUGUUGGAAAAAUUUUGAUGAAACAGUCAGCUUCCACCAUGAAGAAGCUUUCUUUUGAGCUUGGAGGCAAUGCACCUUUCAUCAUAUUUGAAGAUGCAGAUUUAGAACUUGCAGUAGAUCAGGCAGUUGCUUCAAAAUUCAGAGGUCUUGGACAAACAUGUGUUUGCGCCAACCGACUCUACGUUCAUGCUUCUAUCAUUGACAAAUUUUCUGAUUUGCUAGCAGCGAAAGUUAGGAAAUUUGUUAUGGGGCAUGGACUAGAUGAAAAAACGACCCAUGGGUGCUUAAUAAAUCAAAAUGCAAUAAAGAAAGUUGAAGAUCACGUUCAAGAUGCAGUUAAAAAGGGUGCGAAGGUAGUCCUUGAAGGUGGGCCAUUAUCUAACUUGGGUCCAAGCUUCUAUUCACCUUAUAUUUUAUCCCAUGUUCCUGAAAAUGCAAAGGUUUCUCACGAAGAAACAUUCGGACCCUUGUGUCCAAUAUUCUCCUUCAAGAACAUGGAGGAGGUAGUCGGUUAUGCCAAUGAUACAGAGGUCGGCCUUGCUGCCUAUGUUUUUUCCAAAGACGUAAAUACCCUUUACACCGUAUCAGAAGCUCUGGAAACUGGAAUGGUUUCUUGUAACACUGGACUUUUCACAGACUGUUCCAUUCCAUUUGGAGGUAUUGGGGAAAGCGGUUUUGGUAGAGAGGGCUCUUUAUAUGGUAUCGAGGAUUAUACUGUUGUGAAAACCGUUACAAUGGGCAAUUUACCAAAGAGACUUUGA